AUGGCAACCUCAGAGCAAGAUCCGCUCUUACUUUUGCGAAAUUCAAUUGCAUUAGACGCUCCUUGCAUCCCAACGACGACCGAAGAUGUCUCUGUGGCGUCCUCUGUUGACCUCAGCCUAGCCACCGCAACCUUCCUGCAAUUCCCCUCCGCCUCAGUCUCCAUCCCACUCACCACACCUACGCGCUUCAUCUCCUCCAACAAGCCCGUUGACCUCCGCAGCAUCUACUUUGCUUGGCUGAAGCGCGAGACCGCCAUCCCAGAAUACAAUGCCUCGGCGCUCUCCCUCAACGCGGAGCUCGCAGCAGAAGAUGGUGCAGGAGGAGAAGUCCAGAAUCUCGCUUUCGUAGAGCGAUUGGAUCUCAUUACAUGGCUCGAAGGUGCAUCGGAGGAGUCAGAGUACAUCAAGCCGUUGGCGAGCGAUGUGUCGAGUGCAGCAGCGAGUGCGCAGGUUGCGGCUGGUGUUAAGGGGGGCCUUGUGCCGGUUACGAGUGUUGGGGGAAGACAAGGAAAGAGUAUUGACCCCAGGCUGGCGGAGAUCUAUAAUGGAGAGAGGAGGAUGGGAGAUAGGAAUAGUGUGUUGAGGGGGAUCAAGCCUACGGACUUUUCACAUGUAAGAAAGCUAGCAGCACCAUUCAAUACCCGCAAAGCCGCCCACACAGCAGCCGCAAACGCAGCAAGCACCGCGCCUCUCUCCCACAACCCCAAAGCUCCCGUCCGCCGCCCCGACCCCAUCAUCCUGCUCUCGCCCUCGGCUUCCUCGCUCCUUCGCAUGUCAAACAUCAAGUCCUUCCUCGAGAGCGGGAUCUACAUCCCGCCCGAAUCCUCGACUUCAACAUCCAGCUCUUCGGCGUCGAUUCUGCACAUCGCGCGCCUCUUGCCUUCGAUAGACACCACGCGGCCGAUUCGAUUCAUUAUUGUCGAUACGCCGGAGCAGUUUAAGCCCGAGUAUUGGUCGCGGGUCGUUGCUGUGUUUACCACGGGUCAGGUCUGGCAGUUCAAGAGCUACAAGUGGCAGACGCCGCAGGAGCUGUUUAGACAUACGCUGGGUGUGUAUCUUGGGUGGAGGGGAGAUCAGUUACCUGAUAUGGUAAAGGGAUGGGGAAGGGGGGUGCUGAGCGCGCAGGUUGAUAAGUGGAGUGCUGGGGCGGGACCCGCGAGCAGAUGGCGGGAUCGGGAGGUCGUAGAGGGGAUUUGGAAGGCGGUCGAGGAGAAUAUGAGGAAUAGGGGGUGGAAGAGGGAUUCCGGGCCUCUGGUUGUUUAG